CGGACAUGUAAAUACGUUUUGGUUCAAAUGAAUUCCUAUUGAAACUUAUUCAGAUUUGAAAUGUUUCUGGUAUGUAACAUGCAAAAUAUUACUUUAUUUAGGGGUUUAUAUAGGACUUAUAUUUUAUUUUUAUGAACAAAAUGUAAUAGGUAUGUCAACUUCAAAUAGUGACAUAUAAGUCAAAAUUUUUGUUUGUACGCACGAUGCCCUCGGACAUAAUUUUAAGAAAAAAUCGUAAAAAGCAACCGCUAAACGAAAAACUGCAAAAGUUUUUGGACAUCAAAAUCCAAAUGGCAAAAGCGGAUUUCCUCAGGUGUCUGGACCGCGAAAUAACGACAAUAGAGGACUUCGAAAAUCAACAAGAACAGUUAGAAGCGAUAUUGAACUUAUAUUUGGGACCCUCAAAAUUAAAAGAAGAAAUCGAUCGAGGAUUUAGAGACUCAGAACCAGAAAAAGAGGAAACAAUAAAUGAACUCGAAAGAAAGGAGUUCAGUGUUUUGGUUCAAGACAACUUGACAUGAUAAAAUAGUGCUUGUAAUGGACUGUUUUGAAAAUAUUGGUCUGUAAAGUUUCAAACUCGGGUUUGGCCCGAAAUAAAUUUUAAUUAAAACAAACGGUUGUCGUUCAAGUGGUGCGUAACCACUUCAAAUUCGAGUGAUUGCGAAAUUUAAUCGAAACGAUUUAAUUAUAAAUUAG